AUGCGUGGGUAUUGGAGAUCGCUAUUAUGUGUCUCCAGGUACUGGAGAUCGCUCUCAAACCUCGUAGCAUCGCUGCUGAACUCCAUCCAGUCGAUCGCGUCGCUGUUGCUGCUGCUGUUCCUCUUCAUCAUCAUCUUCGCGCUGCUGGGCAUGCAGGUCUUCGGCGGACGCUUCAACUUUGACCCCACGGCCAACAAACCAAGACACAACUUCGACAGCUUCACCCAGGCCAUGCUCACCGUCUUCCAGAUCCUGACGGGCGAGGACUGGAACGUGGUAAUGUACGACGGCAUCCGCGCGUACGGCGGCGUGGCAAGCUUCGGCAUGGUUGCCUGCUUCUACUUCAUUAUCCUCUUCAUCUGCGGCAACUACAUCCUGCUGAACGUCUUCUUGGCCAUCGCGGUGGACAACUUGGCUGACGCGGACGCUCUUGGCGACGGAGAGGGCGAAGGCGAAGGUGGAGAGGCUGCCCCUGAACCUGUUCUGGAUGGUGAAGGCAACCCCAUUGAGCCCGAAGGGGAGGAGGGGGAUGAAGCAGCAACUGAACCUGCCACGGACAAAAUGAACCACGUCCCAGCGGGUGGUGAUGCUGCAGGAGCAAACCAAGUGAAAGUGGUCAUGGAAGAUGAUAAGAAUAAGAAAGACAAAGAGGGACAAAAAUACGACGACUACGGUGAUGUAGACGAAGACGGGAAUUAUAACAACGAAGAAGAAGAAGUGGCCGAUGAUGGCGCCGACGAUGACCAAGAUAUUCUCAACAAAAUAGAACCCAUUCCUAAAUCGUCGUCUUUCUUCGUCUUUAGCCACACCAACAGCUUCCGCGUGUUCUGCCACACGGUGUGCAACCACAGCCUCUUCGGCAACGUCAUCCUCGUGUGUAUCCUCAUAUCCUCCGGCAUGCUGGCCGCCGAGGAUCCUCUCAGCUCCAACUCCAGACGCAACCAGAUCCUGAACUACUUCGACAUCUUCUUCACGUCGGUGUUCACCGUCGAGAUCUGCCUUAAGACCAUCACGUACGGCUUCGUGCUGCACGACGGCGCCUUCUGCCGCUCAGCCUUCAACCUCCUCGAUCUGCUCGUCGUCGCCGUGUCGCUCAUUUCCUUCUCAUUCAAAGACGGCGCGAUCUCUGUGGUGAAGAUCCUGAGGGUGCUACGUGUACUCAGGCCGCUGCGUGCCAUCAACAGGGCCAAGGGUCUCAAGCGCGUGGUGCAAUGCGUGAUCGUCGCCAUCAAGACCAUCGGCAACAUCAUGCUCGUGACGUGCUUGCUGGAGUUCAUGUUUGCUGUGAUAGGCGUGCAGCUCUUCAAGGGCAAGUUCUACAUGUGUUCGGAUGUAUCCAAAGACGUCAACGCUACUUGCCAGGGGCAGUUCAUCAUGUACAAGGAUGGUGACGUAACCAAACCGUACGUGGAGAAGCGUGAGUGGAACCAGCACGACUUCCACUUCGACAACGUAGCGAAGGCGAUGCUCACCCUCUUCACCGUGUCCACCUUCGAGGGCUGGCCCGGGUUGUUGUACGUCUCGAUCGACUCUAACGCAGAAGACGAAGGGCCGGUGCACAAUUAUCGUCAAAUGGUCGCCAUUUACUACAUCAUCUACAUCAUCAUCAUUGCCUUCUUCAUGGUGAACAUCUUCGUUGGUUUCGUUAUCGUCACAUUCCAGAACGAGGGCGAACAAGAAUACAAGAAUUGUGAGCUCGACAAAAAUCAGCGGAAUUGCAUCGAGUUUGCACUGAGCGCCAAGCCUGUGCGUCGAUAUAUCCCCAAAAACUGGCUGCAGUACAAGAUCUGGUGGUUCGUUACGUCGCAGCCUUUUGAGUACGCAAUCUUCAUUCUGAUUAUGUUGAACACUGUGAGCCUGGCUAUGCAGUUCCAUGGUCAGCCUAAGGCCUACACUCAGGCUCUGGAUGUACUCAACCUCAUCUUCACGGCUGUGUUCGCUCUGGAGUUUGUCUUCAAAGUCAUGGCUUUCCGUUUCAAGAACUAUUUCGGCGACCCAUGGAACGUGUUCGACUUCAUCAUCGUGCUCGGCAGCUUCAUCGAUAUCGUGCACUCUGAGGUCAAGCCAGGCUCGAACUUGUUCUCCAUAAACUUCUUCCGGCUGUUCCGCGUGAUGCGCCUCGUCAAGCUCUUGUCAAAAGGGGAAGGCAUUCGUACGCUCUUGUGGACCUUCAUCAAGAGCUUCCAGGCCCUGCCUUACGUCGCCCUCCUCAUCCUCCUCCUCUUCUUCAUAUACGGCGUCGUCGGCAUGCAGGUGUUUGGUAAGAUCGAAAUGGACGAUUCAACACAAAUUCACCGCAACAACAACUUCCAGACCUUUUUCCAGGCUGUGAUGAUUCUCUUCAGGUCAGCAACUGGUGAAGCAUGGCAGGAAAUUAUGUUGUCGUGUCUGCCGUUCCGUGGCUGCGACAAGGCGUCCGAGGGCUACAAGCCUGAGGACAACUGCGGUUCCCUCAUCGCUUACCCUUACUUCAUCUCAUUCUACACCCUCUGCUCCUUCCUGAUCAUCAACUUGUUCGUGGCGGUCAUCAUGGAUAACUUCGACUACCUGACCCGUGAUUGGUCCAUCCUGGGCCCUCAUCACCUCGAUGAGUUCAUUACCCUCUGGUCAGAGUACGAUCCUGAUGCCAAGGGUAGGAUCAAGCACCUCGAUGUCGUCACUCUGCUCCGCAAGAUAUCGCCGCCUCUUGGCUUCGGCAAGCUUUGUCCGCAUAGAGUCGCUUGUAAAAGACUGGUGGCGAUGAACAUGCCUCUUAACACGGACGGAACGGUCAUGUUCAACGCUACAUUGUUUGCCCUCGUACGCACUUCCCUCAGGAUCAAAACUGAGGGCAACAUUGACGAUGCUAACGAAGAGCUACGCGCUGUCAUCAAGAAGAUCUGGAAGAGGACGAACAUGAAACUUUUAGACCAAGUCGUACCGCCCGCUGGUCUGGAGGACGAGGUGACUGUAGGCAAGUUCUACGCGACGUUCCUCAUCCAGGAUUACUUCAGAAGGUUCAAGAAGAAGAAGCAGGAUCUUAAGGACGCUGUUGAGCGCGACCCUAGCAACACCAUCACCUUGCAAGCCGGUUUACGUACGCUGCACGAGGCUGGACCAGAACUGAAGCGGGCCAUUUCCGGCAACCUGGAUGACAUGCGCGACGAUGACAUCCCAACACACAGACGUAAUCACUCACUAUUUGGAUCGGUGUGGUCAUCAAUGAAGGGACGAAGGCUCCCACGCACUCGCUCCCUCAGAGUGGGAGCCGCUCAGCACGCCAAAGUGUCGCCGAGUGCGUCUAUAGGGUACACCUCCUCUCCAUCCGGGGAGCUGUCCCUCCCCAACGCUACGCCGGCGCUCCCCACGCCAAGCCUUGCCAGACGUGGCGACCGAGCAUCCUUCCAUGGUCGAGGUAGCGCCCGGCCUCUAACAUUUCCAACCACCACUCCAUCUACCAAUCGUCUGCCUUCUCUUGCUCAUCAUCCUCCUACUCACCCUAGACCUACGCUUCCAAUCCCACCACGACCAACUGCUUCCCAUCACAGAACCCUACCCAAUGUUCCUUGCACCUCUACCUUUUCGGCCAAAGCAUCAGCAAUACUGUCAAAGGACUCCCAGUUACUAUCAGUCAAAAGUUUACUACAACAAGUGGCUUCUUUGACACCACGCGCUGUCUUGGCUUCUCUAUCGCCACGACCAUGCCAUCGUUUCCUCCCACGUCCUCCUCUUGUGCAAUCUCAUUCUCAUCCUAAUUUGAAUUCAUCAUCUUCAUCGUCAUACUCGUCAAAUGAAUCUAUUUGUUCGCAAACGGAAACUCCAAGACUCAGACGGAAAAGUCGGCGAAAAGACACGAGCGAAAUUUCAUCGAUGGCUUCUGAAGUUGCUUCGGGUAAAAUACGGAUCCCUGAACAUUCUCCUGUCUAUGAAUUUAGGUCUCAAUGCAACCCUAAAAAUCCGCACAAAUGUCAUAAAACGCGCUUGAUACGACCCACACAAGUGAGUAGGCUCUCCAAUAGAAGUGACUGUUGUCAUUUCUUCAAUAGGGCUUCUCAUAUAUGUCGCUACCAAGACGAUGGGUGUCACAAUAGCCCACCCCCUCCGGCUCCUUCGCAGUCCCCUAUAACAAUUUCUCCCCAUCACACCGCAGAUUUGGAGAGAGAAGAAUCUCUUGACGACUCCCCUAACACUCUCAACCCGGAUACAAUGUUAGUAGGCGCAACUGCAUUCACCUUCCCAACCGCUUCAACAUACGAUCUUCCUUACGAACCAACCACUGAACCUGAAUUGCACCAGUUUGACGAGUCAAGAGUUUCCCCUACUCAUGAUUUAGUUGCUGGCGUCGAAUCUGAUCUACAAUCAUUGUAUUAUACCGGAGAAAAUUUUCCAGACGAAGUCGCUACCAUACCGAGAACGUCACGCGUUAGGUCUUACAGCAUCAUGUCCCCAUCCUACCAUUUACUUCACCCGUACCUUCAUGAAGAUCGAGUGCCGUCUCCUCCUAGGUCAUCUCUUUCUUCUCCUAGGUCUCGCCUUCCGCUGCAUUUGAAAUCCGUGCAGCUUUUACCAGAAAACGAGACUUCCAUCGGAAAUCCAUCAGUUAAAGCUUACGAUCUACCAGUUCGUAACGCCGACGAUGAUGACUGCAGUUCACGUAUCGUGGAUGAGUGGGACGAAUCAACCACCGAUGCCGUCUCCAAAAAGUUUGCCGCUCUUUUCACUCAAGAUGUUCCUUGUCCAUUGCCAUCUUCCAUUCGUGGUGUCAGCGUACCAACAACGUCUGUCAUCUACUCAACGGUUGUUACUACCAGUGCAACCGGGGUUUCUGUUCCAUCAUCAAGCACUCCCAUCCACACUUCAAUCGUUCAUAAAAUACAGGACACUUUCAGACGAAAAGACAGACUAAGUCGUUUUGGCCAAAACCCGUCUCAAUCUUCCUCUAAAAUAUCUUCUCAGACGCAUCGUUUCGAGGGCCCCUAUUCGUCUACAUCUGUCAUGUCGCUUUCGCUUAGGUAAUAUUCUGCCAAAUUCGGCGGCAUUUUUUGUGCAUUUGCUCAACAGUUGCUUCUCUUGCUGCGUCUUAUUGAAUGCAGAACUAAAUAAAAUACAGUGAUUCAGAAUGCUUCUACUUUCAUGCUGUCUAAACUUUAUCAAUCAUGAAAUCAUGACUUCUUAUUUGGUAUAGUGAGAGCUCCAAUUUUUUUUUAUUCAUUCAAAAUGCUCAAGGACU